AUGAAAAUUAAUAGGUGUAGGCGUGAAGCGGCCACGACGCUUCAGAAAUAUCGACGACGUCUUGCGCUGCGGCGGGCUUACGUGUUGCUGCGCUCAGCUUCGGUGAAGGUUGAAGCCAACUACCGGAGAUGGCGCGCUCAACGCAACUGUUUCCAGCGGAGGCUUGCUGUUGGGAUACUACAGGAAGCGGCGAGGCGGUUCGUUUUUAAUACACGUCGGAGGAGGGCUGCCAAUCUCCUUCAGAGCGCAUACCGCUCCAGUGUACGGGUCAAGCACUGCCGCAAGGAAAGGAAGAAGAUCCUCGACGCUGCGAACGUCCUUCAGCGCUCGGCCAGGGCCUGGGUGGCGCGCCGGGUGGUAGGGCAGAGGCGGAAAGUCCGGCGACAGAAUCGGGCAGCCGCGACCCUACAGUAUGCGAUGUGGAGACACCUGUUGAGGCGCAAGAAGCACCGUCAACACGUCGCCGCGGCCCUCACCCUCUGGAAGUUCAUGGGAGGGCUCUCGGUGACGUUGUCGGCAAUAAGGAAGAGACGGAAGUCAGCGGCCGCUACCAGAAUUCAGGCGGUUGCUCGCCAGUAUAUCUCCCUGGUGAAGACAAGGGCGAUAUUGGACAUGCAUCGGAAAGAACGCGCGGCUGCCACAAGGAUUCAGGCAGCUUGCCGCGGCCGGCGAUGUCGCAUACACUUGAGCACACUUCUAUUGGAACAGGACGAAUGCCAUGCAGCCACAAUGAUUCAGGCCGCGUACCGGGGGCACAAAUCUAGAGUGAAAACGAUCCAGCAUCGCGCAUGCGCUGUGAAGAUACAGAUCUUCUUGCUCCAGCAACGGAGGAAAGCCAGAUUUGCUUCCCGGUGUGAACGUGAGCGAGAACAAGGCGCUUUAGUUCUGCAGCGAGCUUGGAGAUGGAGGAUAAUCGGUCAAGACGCAAAGACGCAGGACGAGCCCACUACCACCAGCGAACAGCGACGAUCGUCAUUGGCGACAUCACCACGUCCGGAACCGCUGCGCGCCGUGGAUCGCGCCAACGUCCAGCUGGCGGUUGAAGCUCUCGCGAAGGGCAUGCGGAGGCGCGGAGUUCUGGAUCCGAUCAUCGCCGAUAAUCUUAGCGACACGCUAGCCCUCGGCCAGGACGACCCCGUGCUGGAAGUCGCCCUACGACAAGGACUGUCAAACCUCGAGCAAGCUUUGGCUAGGUCGACCGGGACCGUUUCGACCAAUACAGGACUCAAACGGAUGACGGAUGAAAGUGUAGCGGUGUUGUGGGGAGGAAUGGAUGCCUCUCUGCCACACAGUUUGGAAGAGCUGGAACAGGGCUUGCUGAGGCUGAGACCAUCGGAUUGA